UGAAGACAGGUUGUACAUUAGCUUGAGAUGCAGCAGCUUUCACGGAAUCACCGGGAUACAGCAGCAGCAUCCGCACGCGAUCUCGCAGGGCCUUCGUAACCGUUAGUUGUUGAUAAUCAGAGGGAUCACAGAUGUAGCUAAAGGAGCACUGCGUUGCCCCUGCUGUUCCCUGCACUGCAUGGCUUCUCCUGCUAGUGUCUGUCAUCGUUAUUCCAUUACCCCAGUCCUGCACACCCUCAUGCUGGGGUCGCAGGCCUCUCACAGACGGACCAAUGACUGCCUGGAUUGUUCUGCCUGUCAGCCUGUCUGCCUUCUCCAUCACUGGGAUAUGGAUUGUGUAUGCAAUGGCAGUAAUGAACCACCAUGUCUGUCCUGUUGAGAACUGGUCAUACAAUUUGACAUGUACAGAGGAAACUGCAAAGAGGGGCUUUCCAAAGACCUGCUGCACACUUCAAGACAUCCCGCUUAUUAGUAAAUGUGGUUGCUAUCCACCAGAGAGCUGUCUCUUCAGUUUGAUAGGCAAUGUUGGCGCCUUUAUGGUGGUCAUGGUGUGCAUGUUGCGCUACGCUCAAGUGAUUGAACACAGCCACCACGGCUGGACCAACACAAGCGCUUUGGUGUCCGGGUGCAUAAAUGCCCUUGGCCUGGUCAUGGUGGGCAACUUUCAGGUCGAUCAUGCAAAGACUCUUCAUUAUGUGGGAGCCGGAGUGGCAUUUCCCGCAGGUCUGCUGUUCGUGUGUCUGCAAUGUGUUUUAACAUACCGAAUAGCAGAGACAGCACUGGACUACUGGAUGGCUCAUGUGCGUGUCGCUCUCUCAGCUGGAGCUCUGAUAUCACUUGUUCUCAGUGGAAUCUUCUUUGUCCACGAGAGCUUUAUGUUACAGCAUGCUGCGGCCAUCUGUGAAUGGGUCUUUACUGUGCUGGUCCUGGUCUACUAUGGCACCUUCACCUAUGAGUUUGGCACUGUCAACAGCGACACCAUAAUGGCAACCUUAAUGAAGCGCAGUCACCAUCACCAUCCUGGAGCAGGGGUCAUCGUGGGGGGUAUCGGGAAAGGUGUUGCAAUGGGGUGUGGUGCCCGCAGCCUCAAGUCCCCUGGGGGCAGCAGCACCUCCACACACCUCAACUGUACACCCGAAAGCAUUGCCAUGCUUUAGGGCUUUAGCGAUACGGAAUUCUCUCAGACCUCAAAACUUGUCUCAGACAGAACUCUUUUCUCAUUUACACCUGCAUCUCACAGAUUGGUUGAAUACUGGGAUAAGCAAUAUAGAAUCACUUGGAGUGCUUAUAGCAAGGUGGAAGGCUUGAUAAUUAAAAUCUAAAGUAAUGACCAGUUGGUCGUAAAUAUAGGGUGAUUUGCACGAGGCCGUUUUUUACAUUCCUGUGUAAAACCACAUAGACCUGUACAGGCAAUUGACCAGCACAAAAGAAACAUGUGAAUCCGAAUGAAUUUACUGCAAUAAUUAUUCUCUUAACGGUGCGUUCAAACACUGACAGCGAUAAACCCCCUGGAAUUCUGAAUGUCAUAGUGGAUGAUUCUUAAGAGAUCUAGAUUUUUUUUAAAUACUUGCAUCUACAAAUUUCAUUUUUAGAUAUUUAAAACAAAGUCUUGCGUGUUUAAAAGCGUUCAUUUUUAACACAAUUUUUCAUAACUAGACCUUAAAAAUCUCAUUACCAUAACAGUCCAAAAAUGUCAAUAUCAUAGCAUGUUUUGCUAAAAUAAGAAAAGCCAUAAUGCCGAAGCGGAAUUUUUAUUAAUCUAACAUAAUUAGACAUUAAUGAAGUAUAUUCCUAUAUUUCUAUAUCAUUUUUUAAAUGUUAAAACUUACUAGUAUGGGUAAUGAUAAUCAAUAUUCUUUGUGUGUAAACAGUUCUUAAAAAUGUGACGGAGGUGAGAAAAUCAGUCAUAGACUUUUGUUAACCUGUACAUUCUGUCAGUUUGUCCAGUUAUAUUUUCCCGAAUAUUUUAAUUUCAUAUCUCUGUUUCAUUUACAACAUAUCAUGGACUUCGACAUGGCUAGACCUGUUACGGUGAUGACAUUUGCAUCAGAAAAUCUAAAUUCUUUUUCACGGUCUGCUCUUGUUUCAUAUAUGAGCUCCAAUGAUUUGGAUCCCAUGGGGACUGAAAAAUCGCUGUUGGAGUAAACGCCUCAUAAAUCUGCUACAGAUCUGCCAGCAAUACCAAGACACUUGGCUAGACAAAGAAGUUAAAUGUCUAAAUUUAUCUAACCUUACUUCACCUGUCUAAUCUGUAGGAACUUUGAAUACAUCAUUGGUCAAGCCAUUACUGUAGCAAUAGAGAUGUUAGUUAGGUUGCAAAAGCCAUUGAUGCCAGUAAUUUGUGGCAAGUGCCAACUCUUCAGCUUCCAGCUGUACAGAAAAUAAAUGACAGUAGAAAACAAUCAUUUAGGUUAAUCUCUCUAUAGAGAUUAUAGAGAUCUGUAUUUUAAAGCCAAUGUGGUAUCAUCCAAGUGCUACACAUUGUGCUUGAUCCAAAAACUGCCUGCACAAAUCUGUUGCAUCCCAGGUGUUCUAAAAAUAAGAUCUAUAGUAUUUUAAGACCAGGGCAAACCAAUAUUUGUUAUCAGUUCAUUUAUGUUAUGUUACCCAUGAGCCAUUGUUUCUGGACUCACUAAGAUCAAGUGGUAGAAGAACGUAAAGUAUACAGUAAAUGUCACAGCACUCGCAUCUUUUCCAUUUCAAAUCAGCAAAUACUUGUGUAAAAAGCAAUCUGCUAUAAAUGUAAUGUCAUUUGAGGAGUUGUAUUUCAAUGGUAAACCAAAAUUUGUUUAUGUUACUGCUUCUGCAUUUACCACCAAAAAGUCAUUCACUAAGUACACUCCAGGUUUCAGGUCCAGUGUUUCAUUUAGAGGACUUGUCAUGAUGACAGGAGGGGCAUUUUGGGGUAUUGUGUGUUACAAUGAUAAAGGGUAUUGUUUCGGUUUGAGUUUGGUUCACUUGACAUUGUGACACUGUAGGGAAACUCCUUUUUAUCUUCAUGCUGAAACUUUAUUGAAUGAUGUACUGUUGGGGAAUAUUCAGUAUUCUGGUGAAAAUAAAUUUCCCCAUAACAUCAGGGAAGGUUUCCAAGGAUAUAGAGAUUAAUUAAUUUAAACAUUUCAUUUAUGUAAAUGAUACAGAGCGAUUGUUACACACAGCUGCUUGUAAAUGAAUAUCUUUAGCUAAGCAAAUAAAAUAUGAAUACUGCACUGAGACAAGGCCCUAGUCAAUAAUACGAAAAGAAAGGCACUUCUUAAAUAGCGUCGGACUGCUAACACUAUUCUUCCUAGACAUUGCAUCUUGUUAUAUAUGGAAUACUCAGAAAAAAUCUGAAUGUUGGAAAAUAAGUAGUGCACUUAUAAGGACUUUAUUUUAUUCAGUGGUCCCAAAAUGUGAAAUCCUCUAUAAUAUGGUGUAUUUUGAAAUAUUGCUCAUUCAAAAGCAGUGUGUGUUAUAUUAAUACAUGUUAUAGGAACCAA